CCGGUCGGGCGAUGUUUUGACGGGGACUUCAAUCAUGGCGACCUUCAUGAUAGAGCCAUGAGAUCGUGACGUUUCUUAAUUCGUCUGUUUAACUUUAUUUCAGCACAUAUUAAGUGCAGAUGCGAUGGGUUUAGUUAGACAUGUCGUGUGUGCAAUGUCUGGAGGGGUUGACAGCUCCGUCAGUGCUCUCUUACUCAAAAGAAUGGGUUAUCACGUGACCGGAGUGUUCAUGAAGAACUGGGAUACUCAUGAUGAGAGAGGAGUCUGUUCCUCAGAGAAAGACUGUGAAGAUGCUUAUAAAGUGUGUAAGAUGCUGGACAUGCCUUUCCAUCAGGUGUCAUAUGUCAAAGAAUAUUGGCAUGAAGUGUUCAGUAAUCUACUUAGCGAAUAUGAAAAGGGCAGAACACCAAACCCAGAUAUAUUGUGUAACAAACACAUAAAGUUCAAGCACUUCUAUCAGUAUGCUGUAAAUACCUUAGGUGCUGAUGCCAUGGCAACAGGACACUAUGCCCGGACAUCCCAAGAGGAUGAGGAGGUUUUCCAACAAAAGUACACUCCACCUCGUCGAACCCUCUUCAGAGACCGAUUUGAAAUCAGAAAGGCGGUGCGGUUGUAUCAGGGUGCUGAUCGCUUGAAGGAUCAAACCUUCUUCCUUAGCCAGAUCUCCCAGGAUGCUUUGCGGCACACAUUAUUCCCCUUGUCUGGACUAACCAAAGACUUUGUAAAGAAAAUAGCGGCUGAGGCCAGCUUUCAGCAUGUUCUGAAGAAGAAAGAGAGCAUGGGAAUCUGUUUCAUUGGAGAAAGAAAUUUCGAGGAGUUUAUCCUUGAGUACCUAGAACCCAAACCUGGAAAUUAUGUUUCUGUUGAUGAUGGGAAGAUAAUGGGCCAGCAUAAAGGCUGGUUCACAUUAACACUGGGGCAGAGGGCUAGAAUAGGAGGGCAAAAAGACGCUUGGUUUGUGGUUGAUAAAGACAUCACAACUGGUGACGUAUUUGUGGGUCCAACAACUAACCACUCAGCACUGUUACGAGACACAUUACAGACGGACCGCUUUCACUGGAUAGCGGAAGAACCACCUCUUGAGCUCAUCCGUACUCAGAUGAUGGAAUGUCACUUUUGUUUUAAUAACCGGAUGCCUUUAACUCCAUGUACUGUGACCUUGAAUCUAGAUGGCUCAGUGUGGGUAAUGGUUAAACAGCCAAUGAGAGCACUGACACCUGGCCAGUUUGCUGUGUUGUAUAAGGGAGACGAAUGCUUAGGGAGUGGGAAAAUUAUUCUCCUGGGACCCACAAAAUACACUCUUCAGAGAGGUCAAAACUGGAUAGACUGUACACCCAAAGAAACAAGCCAUUGUCAUCCGGAGCCCAUCAGCUGAGACCCUGCUCUGUCACCUGAAAACAAUUUCAUGAAUAACACCAGAGCAGGCUUGUGCUGUUCAAAGACAAACCCAACAUUUGGGACUGUAAAAAUGCAAAGACAUUGAUUAUUUCUGCUAAGAUAUAAAGCCAUGAUGGCUUCUGUGAUGUUUCAGUGUAUCUUUUUUUAAGUAUGGUUUUUAUGUUAUUGGAAUGGAAAUAUUAGUAUCAUAUAAAGCAAUUUUUAUUUUUAAAUGGC